CUAACCAUUCUUUCUUUUAAAUACUUCAUUCACUAAACCUAUCAAAGAUGAGCUUCACAAUGCUGUACUUUCUAUUCAUAUUUGCGUCCUACAAUUUCUCAUCCUCUUCUGCCUCAACAUUAAACUAUGGGGACGCUCUCGAGAAAUCCAUCCUCUUCUUUGAGGGUCAACGUUCCGGAAAACUCCCUGUCGACCAACGACUUACAUGGCGAGGGGAUUCUGGCCUAUCUGAUGGAUCUUCAUACAACGUGGACUUGAGUGGUGGAUAUUACGAUGCUGGCGACAAUGUCAAGUUCGGCCUUCCCAUGGCCUUCACAACGACAAUGCUGGCCUGGAGUAUUAUUGAAUUUGGUGAAGAUAUGAAGGGUCAGAUCGACAAUGCAAGAAAUGCUCUUCGUUGGAGCACAGAUUAUCUCCUCAAGGCCGCUACAGCCACUCCCGGUGCUCUCUAUGUUCAAGUUGCAGAUCCAAACAUGGAUCAUCGAUGUUGGGAGAGGCCUGAAGACAUGGACACUCCUCGGAAUGUCUACAGAUUGACAAGCCAGAGCCCAGGAUCCGACGUGGCUGCAGAGACCGCAGCAGCAUUGGCUGCAUCUUCGAUUGUGUUCACAGAUUCUGAUCCUGCUUAUUCUGCCAAGUUGCUUCAAGCUGCAGUCAACGUAUUUGAUUUUGCUGACAAGCACAGAGGCAGCUAUAGUGACUCACUUGGUUCAGUCGUGUGCCCAUUCUAUUGCUCCUACUCUGGAUACAAUGAUUUUAGCUCCUAUUUGUUUGUGGGAGCAGGAAGCUCCUACAUGUCAUAUAUCCAGUCGAACGGAAACACAUUGGGUGCUGAAGACGACGACUACUCCUUCAGCUGGGAUGAUAAGCGAGCUGGCGCCAAAGUUCUUAUUUCCAAGGGUUUUUUGCAGCAAAAGAAUGAGGGGUUGCAGAUGUAUAAAGCGCAUGCGGAUAAUUAUAUCUGCUCUCUGGUCCCUGGAACCAGUAGUUUCCAAGCACAAUAUACACCAGGGGGCCUUCUCUACAAACAGAGCGAAAGCAACUUGCAAUAUGUGACCUCCACUUCUUUCCUCCUCCUCACUUAUGCCAAAUACCUCACCUCCUUCGGCGGAUCCACCACCUGCGGAGCAUCAACUGUGACAGCUGCAAAUCUCGUGUCACUGGCCAGGAGACAAGUUGAUUACAUAUUGGGCCAGAAUCCAGCAAAGAUUUCCUACAUGGUAGGGUUUGGGGACCGAUACCCACUACAUAUUCACCAUAGAGGUUCAUCGCUACCGUCGAUUCACACCUAUGCUGAUCGCAUUUCAUGUAGCAGUGGCUUCUCAUACUUGUAUUCGAGCUCGCCAAACCCUAACGUGCUUGUGGGUGCAGUAGUUGGUGGACCGGAUCACAAUGAUGGGUUUUCCGAUGAUAGAAACAACUAUCAGCAGUCGGAGCCAGCAACUUACAUCAACGCACCAUUGGUUGGUGCUCUGGCUUUCUUUUCAGCAACGAAGUAGUGUCAGGAGAAACUGGAGGCUCAGCAGAUAUGAGACAUUUUGGUUUUUCGGACACUGAUUUUGUAGUAGAUAUGUUUGCUGAAGUAGAAAAUGAAUGU